AUGGGCUGCGCCCCCAGCAUUCACAUCUCGCAGAGCGGCGUGAUUUACUGCUGGGACUCGGACGAAUCCAAUUCCACCCACCAGACCACCACUAUUUCGCAGGGCACAGCCAUCCUGCACGGCCUCUUCAUCAAGACAGACGCGGCCGACUCCAUCCCCUCCGUCCUCGCCUACCAGAGCUUGGCGGCCGCCGCCACUACCCGCCGCAAGGAGCGCAGGGAGCCCGGCUGCUACAGCAUCGAGGCGGAGACCCAGACCAGCAAUGUCAGCGUCAAGGAUGGCUUGAGAAGACUGUUGGGAAACGAGUAUGUGUUUUCUAAAAAUAUGAACCUGAGCCAUAGUCACUUUUCAGUGCCAAAUACCAUCAGUGAUGUUCCACCCUGUAUCACACAGCUCCUGGAUAAUGAGGAAAGCUGGGACUUCAAUAUUCUUGAGUUGGAAGCUGUUACAAAUAAAAGGCCAUUAGUGUAUUUGGGCUUAAAAGUUUUUGCCCGGUUUGAGGUCUCUGAGUUUUUAAACUGUUCAGAAGCAACACUGCGAGCAUGGCUGCAGGUGAUUGAAGCUAACUACCACUCCUCCAACUCAUACCACAACUCCAUGCACGCAGCGGAUAUCCUGCAUGCUACCGCCUUCUUUCUCGGGAAAGAGAGAGUUAAGGGAAGCCUUGACCAUUUAGAUGAGGUGGCUGCAUUAAUAGCUGCCACCAUUCAUGAUGUAGAUCACCCUGGAUGGACUAACUCUUUCCUGUGCAAUGCAGGCAGUGAAUUAGCUGUCCUUUACAAUGAUACGGCUGUAUUGGAGAGUCAUCACACAGCACUGGCAUUUCAGCUUACAGUUAAAGACAGCAAAUGCAAUAUUUUCAAGAAUAUUGAUAGAAAUCACUACUGGACAUUGCGCCAGGCCAUUGUUGAUAUGGUUUUGGCAACAGAGAUGAUGAAGCACUUUGAGCACGUGAACAAAUUUGUGAACAGCAUCAACAAGCCAAUGGCAUCUGAGGAGACCAGCUCAUACAGUGAAGGCAGUGACUGUGAAUGUACAGCCAAUAUAAAGAAUUUUCCAGAUAACCAGACACUGAUCAAGCACAUGAUGAUUAAAUGUGCAGAUGUAGCAAAUCCAUGUUGUUCCCUAGAGCUAUGUAUUGAAUGGGCAGGGAGGAUUUCAGAGAAGUAUUUUGCACAGCUUUUAUUUGCCACUAAUGGUGUAGAAAUCAGCAGCUACAACUGGAGAGACAGAAAAGUGGGCAUGCCUACCAUCCAAACUCAGAUCAUAGAUGUGACAGUUACUGAAACAAAACUGAUGAAGAGACAGGGUCUGCCUGUUGUAGUGCCAGUAUUUGACAGAAACACCUGCAGCAUCCCCAAGUCUCAGAUUUCCUUCAUUGAUUAUUUUAUAUCAGAUAUGUUCGAUGUAUGA